AUAUUACUUGUAUUACUUGAAUUUGUGAAGGAAAGCAUCGCCUGGUUUUAUGUGGAAUAGCCUGAUCAACUGCAUGUAGACAUCAACACAACUUUCUCUUACAAGUUUUGACUUCUCCAAUGAGACAUAUUUCCAAUAAACCUUAGCUUAGUCUUUUUAGAGUAGAGUUGUAUGUCAAUUGGUCUACUUCACGUUUAUUUAUCCAUGUUUAGAUAACUAUUUUUUGUUUGUGAAUUUUUUUUGGCUGCAUCCGUUAGAAACUAUGUCCAUUAAAAACUUGUUAUCAUGUCCAUUCAUCCAUGACUAGAUGACCAUUUCUUAUUUGUGAACAAACAUUGACCGCAUUCGUUGAGAACGGUCCAUGAAAAACCAUGUUAACACGGACUGUCUAUAGGGUACAUUACAAACUAUAUAAAAAUGCCUACUACUAUAAGAUUUGCUCACUUUCACAAACUUGAUACUGUUUCUGUUUUUCUCAAAAGCUCCAUCCAUCAUGUACAGUCUAUCUUAAACAAUCAAAUUCAAAAUAUGAGUUACACGUCUUACAUGAAAAAUUCAUUAUUGCAUACUAAUGAGCUGCUUCUUAAUAAUAAAUCACUACAUAUUAGAUGAUGCAUUAUCCAUAGUAAUUAUGAAGAUUUUUUUUUAGAUUACCUCGUCGCUUUAACUACAAUUAAGAUUACCUUAACGCCUUUGGUGAUUUUUUUUUUGUGAUUUUGAUGAGAAAUUUUGAUUUGUUAAAAAAAUCAUUUUGACCAAAACCUUAUUUUUGUAGUUUUAAUGAGAAAACAAAAUUUGUGAUUUUGACGGGUUUUGUGAUUUUAGCAAAGAAAAUAUAAUUUUAUGAUUUUUGCUAAAAAAUUAAUUUUAUGGUUUUAGCUGAAAAUUUUGUUUUGUGGUUUUAACGGAAAAACUUGAUUUAUCGAUUUAAACAGACAAUUUCGGUUUACAGAAAAACUUAGUUUUACGAUUUGUAAUGGAAAAAUAGAUUUUGAAAUUUCUCCGUUAAUUGUUAUGAAUACAUAUUUAAAUACUAGAAGAUCCCUGAUGACUAUUGCCUUCAUUUGGCAAACUCAAGAGUAAAAUACGAAAAUAAAAAUUACGAGAAACAAAGUCUCCAGCGGCCACUAUAUCAGUUGAUAGUUAUCUUAUACAUAUUUAAAUAUUAGGAGAUCCCCUGAUUAUUUUUUUAUUUUUUCUUUUUGAAACUAACCCUGAUGACUAUUGCCUUCAUCUGGCAAACUCAAAAAAGUAAAAUAAGAAAGGUAAAAUUAUUAGAAACAAAAGUCUCCAUCACCCACCUAACGUUCCACACCGCCAAUUAUAAAAGAAACCUAUGUCGCUCAAAAAAAAAACCUAUGUCCGAUACUUCCUCGACGUGUUCACAUUCCUUUUCUUAUAGGUACAGUCAUUUCAGAUCUUAUAUUUAAACAUUAUUCGGUUCGUCUACAAGAUAUGUGUAUGAACACCCCCAUUCCACAAGUGCAUAUAACUUCUUUUUUUCCUCAAACCAAACGGUAACAUCUGUUGAGAGGGAAUCAUACGUGUAUCGUUCUAGGUCUUAUUCCUCUCUUCUCAACAUCGAUUAUCAAAUGAGAUAUUUACAAACACAAGAUCAUACAGUACUCAGAUAGUUUGCUUCAAUAUUUGAAUCACUAAUUAUUUCUGAGAAAAUUAAAUCACUAAACAACUAAAUAAUGUAACAAGAAUAAAAAUGAGUAAUAAACAAUUAAGAAAUAAAAUAAUAAUAAUGGAAAAAGAAAGAAAACUUGCGUGUUCACACCUGUCGAGAGAUUUCUAUUUAUGAACCAGAAGUAAAAGAAAACUUCUCCUCCAACCGAAAGUAAAACACCUUUUGUCCGAAGCAAAACUCACAAUAAACACGACUUUCGAUGAAAGCCGCCGUUUUCCAGAAAGCAAUCGACGAGGAGGAAGAAGAAGAAAUAGAAGAAGUCUGUAAUGCCUUCGACGGCGAGGUAGAUAUCCACACUCAAACGACGUCGUCUCACGACACCAAGAACAACCUCAAGGGCUUCUUCACUUCCUUUCUCUCGAUGGAGGAGGAGCACGACCAGAAAAGAGCAAGAACCAUCUCCGAGGAGGAAAACGGAGAUACUACUACCAAUCGUAAGAAGCCACGUGCCUCACGUGCCGUCAUUAGUGACGUAACCGGAUCCGAACCGGUUCAGCAGAGGCGGUUAUGGGUCAAAGACCGGAGCCGAGCGUGGUGGGAAGAAGAGUGCAGCCGUUUCGACUACCCGGAGGCCGACUUCAAAAACGCGUUUCGGAUGUCCAAAUCCACGUUUAACUUAAUCUGCGACGAGCUGAACGCGGCGGUCGCGAAAGAAGACACCGCUUUGCGAAACGCGAUUCCCGUGCGUCAGCGCGUCGCGGUCUGCGUCUGGAGGUUAGCGACGGGAGAGCCGCUGCGUCUCGUCUCCAAGAAGUUCGGUUUAGGGAUCUCCACCUGCCACAAGCUCGUCCUCGAGGUGUGCAAAGCGAUCAAAGACGUUCUGAUGCCGAAGUACCUCCAGUGGCCUGACGAGGAGUCGUUGAGAAGCGUUGGAGAAACGUUCGAAGCGGUUUCGGGUAUUCCGAAUAUUGUCGGCUCGAUGUACACGACUCAUGUCCCGAUCAUAGCUCCUAAGAUCAGCGUGGCUGCUUAUUUUAAUAAACGGCAUACCGAGAGGAACCAGAAGACUUCUUACUCGAUCACGAUCCAAGCCGUUGUGAACCCGAGAGGUGUUUUUACUGAUUUGUGCAUCGGAUGGCCCGGGUCGAUGUCUGAUGACCAGGUGCUGGAGAAGUCGCUGUUGUAUCAGAGAGCUAACAGCGGAGGCCUUUUAAAAGGCUCGUGGGUCGCUGGUGGGCCGGGACAUCCGUUGUUGGACUGGGUUUUGGUUCCGUACGCGCAGCAGAGCUUGACGUGGACGCAGCACGCGUUUAACGAGAAGAUGGGCGAGGUGCAGAGAGUGGGUAAAGAAGCGUUUGGGAGGUUGAAAGGGCGGUGGGCGUGUCUGCAGAAGAGGACUGAAGUGAAGCUUCAGGAUUUGCCUACGGUGUUGGGGGCGUGCUGUGUGCUUCAUAAUAUAUGUGAGAUUAGAGAGGAGAAGAUGGAGGCGGAGCUGAUGGUUGAUGUGGUUGAUGAUGAGGUUUUGCCUGAGAAUGGAUUGAGGUCGGUUAGUGCGAUGAAGGCAAGAGAUGAUAUCUCGCAUGAUUUAUUGCAUCACGGACUCGCGGGUACUUCUUUCUUGUGAAAAUGUUAUCAGCUAAACUCAAUUUGAUUCUUUGGUUUUAUGGAUAUUGUAUUGUACCUUUAGAUCACAGAUGUUAGAUGAGGCAGUAGAAGAAACUUAACUUUAUAAUAUACAUGGUACUGUAAGCAAGAAUGUAUGUAAUAGCUGAAUGAUAUUUCAUUCUCAUAGUGUGGAUGUGAGAUGCAUAUUUGGUAUAAACAACAUCCUGAUAAAACAAGGUUGUAUUUUUUUGCUACUUCAGUGAAACGGCACGCAUUUUAAAUUGUUGCUGGUCUUCAGAGAACGUCACUUGU